GCGUUGCGGGCAACGGCUAAGGCAGCGAAGAGGCUGUGAGCGGCGGCUUCCGCGUUUGCCGGGGUGGGGGCGAGGAGCGGCGGCGGCGGCGGCGGCGGCAGCAGCCGGAGGGCGCUCGGUGGAUGGGCGGUUGGCGGGCGGCACCGGCGGCGGCAUCUGUCGGGCGGCGGACGUUAGCCGGGGCGCAGGGGAUGAGCCUGUGAGGGCGGAGGAGCGCGGGUGGGGGUGAAGCCCGGCCAGAGCGGAGCGAUGUCCCAGCCUCAGCAGCAGCAACAGCCGCCGCCGCCGCCGCCGCCGUCUCCUCAGCAGCAGCCGCAGCCGCCGCCUCCGGCCGCCUCCAAGAAGCGGGACCGGCGCAUCUUCUCGGGCACCUGCCCCGACCCCAAAUGCCAGGCGCGGCUCUUCUUCCCGGCCCACGGGCCGCAGAGCGGCGGCAGCAUCGAGUGCACGGACUGCGGGCAGCGCCACGAGCAGCGGCAGCUGCUGGCCGUGGAGGAGGUGACGGACCCCGACCUGGUGCUGCACAACCUGCUGCGAAACGCGCUGCUGGGCGUCAGCGGUGCCGGCCCGCCCCGCAGGAACACCGAGCUCGUCAAAGUCAUGGGCCUCUCCAACUACCACUGCAAGCUCCUGGCCCCCAUCCUGGCCCGCUACGGUAUGGAUAAGCAGACCGGCAAAGCCAAGCUCCUCACGGAGAUGAACCAGGGAGACAUCUUCGACUGCUCCCUCUUGGGUGACCGCGCCUUCCUCAUUGAGCCGGAGCACGUUGAAACCAUCGGGUACGGAAAGGACCGCUCUGGCAGCCUCAUCUACCUGCAUGACACCCUGGAAGACAUUAAGAAGGCCAACAACAGUCAGGAGUGCCUCAUUCCUGUCCAUGUGGACGGAGAUGGCCACUGCCUCGUCCAUGCAGUCUCGCGGGCCCUCGUUGGCAGGGAACUGUUCUGGCAUGCUCUGCGAGAGAAUCUAAAGAAGCAUUUUGAGGAGAAUCUGAGUCACUACAAGGCGCUUUUCCAUGACUUUAUUGAUGCAGCAGAGUGGGAGGACAUCAUCAACGAAUGUGACCCUUUGUUUGUUCCUCCAGAAGGUGUGCCAAUGGGCCUCAGGAAUAUUCACAUCUUUGGUCUGGCCAACGUGCUUCACCGGCCGAUCAUCCUGUUAGACUCCUUGAGUGGAAUGCGAAGCUCUGGAGAUUAUUCAGCGACAUUCCUCCCCGGCCUGAUACCCCUAGAAAAAUGCAUGGGAAAAGAUGGUAUGUUGAACAAGCCGAUCUGCAUUGCAUGGAGUAGCUCAGGACGUAACCAUUAUAUUCCUCUAGUUGGAAUAAAAGGUGCUGCUUUACCUAAACUGCCUAGAAAGCUACUUCCUAAAGCCUGGGGAGUUCCUCAAGACCUCAUCAAAAAAUACAUCAAGUUAGAGGAGGACGGUGGUUGUGUUAUUGGAGGAGACAGAAGUUUGCAAGAUAAGUACUUGAUGAGGCUCGUUGCUGCAAUGGAGGAGGUUUUCAUGAGUAAACACGGUAUCCAUCCCAGUCUUGUAGCUGAUGUCCAUCAGUAUUUCUACAGAAGGACUGGUGUAAUAGGAGUCCAGCCCGAAGAAGUCACUGCAGCUGCCAAAAAAGCAGUGAUGGACAACCGCCUUCACAGGUGCCUCAUCUGCGGGGCCCUUUCAGAGCAUCAUGUUCCUCCGGAGUGGCUGGCUCCUGGGGGGAAACUAUAUAACCUGGCAAAAAGUACCCACGGCCAGCUAAGACCUGACAAAAAUUACAGUUUUCCCCUGAACAGUUUGGUGUGUUCUUACAACCCCACAAAGGAUGUGCUGGUACCAGACUAUAGCCUGAGUAGUUUGACUGCUUGUAACUGGUGUCAUGGUAACUUAGUGCGUCGUGUCAGAGAAGAUGGAUCUGUUUCAUAUUUGGAUGGAGACAGAACUAAUACUAGGUCUACAGGUGGCAAAUGUGGCUGUGGAUUCAAGCACUACUGGGAAGGUAAAGAAUAUGAUAAUCUCCCUGAAGCUUUUCCCAUUACUCUAGAGUGGGGUGGAAGAGUGGUGAGAGAGACAGUCUACUGGUUCCAGUAUGAAAGUGACACAUCUCUGAACAGCAACGUGUAUGACGUCGCCAUGAAACUUGUUACCAAGCACUUCCCUGGUGAAUUCGGUAGUGAGAUUCUUGUUCAGAAAGUUGUCAACACAAUAUUGCAUCAAACUGCCAAAAAGAACCCUGAUGAUUAUACUCCUGUAAAUAUUGAUGGUGCUCACGCCCAAAGAGCUGAUGAUGUACAGCAAGGACAAGAGUUAGAGUCGCAACUUCCAACCAAAAUUAUUUUGACUGGACAGAAGACAAAGACUUUGCACAAGGAGGAGUUGAAUAUGAGCAAAGCUGAAAGAACUAUUCAGCAGAACAUUGCAGACCAGGCUUCUGUAAUGCAAAAACGGAAAAGUGAAAAACUGAAACAAGAGCAUAAAGGGCAACCUAGGACUGCUUCUCCUGGGGCUGUUCGUGAGGGGCCAUCAUCUGCACCUGCUACACCAACAAAGACCCCGUAUUCUCCAACAUCUACAAAAGAAAAGAAAAUUCGAAUAACCACAAAUGAUGGGAGGCAGUCAAUGCUUACCCUAAAGUGCACUACCACCUUCUUGGAACUACAGGAAAGCAUAGCGAGAGAAUUUAAUAUUCCUCCAUAUUUGCAAUGUAUUCGCUAUGGCUUUCCUCCUAAAGAGCUUCUGCCUCCCAAAGAAGGCAUGGAAAACGAGCCUGUUCCUUUGCAGCAUGGUGACAGAAUUGCAAUAGAAAUCCUGAAAGGUAAGGAGGAAGACAGGCAGUCUGCUUCAGCACACUCGGCCCAUGCUGUGAAGCAUGAAGAUGUUGCUGUGACUAGUAAAAUCUCAUCGAAGGAACUGCAAGAGCAAGUCGAUAAGGAGAUGUAUUCUCUCUGUCUUCUAGCAACACUAAUGGGAGAAGAUGUUUGGUCUUACGCAAAGGGGCUUCCUCAAUUGUUUCAGCAGGGUGGAGUAUUCUACAGCAUAAUGAAGAAAACCACAGGUUUGGCUGAUGGCAAGCACUGUACUUUUCCACAUCUGCCUGGUAAAAACUUUGUGUACAAUGCAGCAGAAGACAGAUUAGAGCUGUGCGUGGAUGCUGCUGGGCACUUUCCUAUUGGUCCUGAUGUUGAAGAGUUGGUUAAAGAGGCCUUAAGUCAAGUGCGAGCAGAAGCUACUUCAAGAAGCAGGGAAGCAAGUCCUUCACACGGAAUGCUGAAGCUGGGUAGUGGUGGAGUAGUGAAAAAGAAAUCUGAACAACUACAUAACAUAACUGCAUUUCAAGGAAAGGGCCACUCCCUAGGAACUGCAUCUAGUAGUCAACAACAUGAUCAAAGAGCCAGGGAAACACCACUUUUAAGAAAGCAUAGCACAGAAACGGACUUCAGUCCUUCUGCUAAAAUUGAGCCUUCUGUAUUCACAGCUGCUUCUGGUAACAGUGAGCUUAUCCGAAUUGCGCCGGGAGUUGUGACAAUGAGAGACAGCAGGCAGCUUGACCCCACUUUGAUUGAGGCACAGAGAAAAAAGUUGCAGGAAAUGGUCUCUUCUAUUCAGGCUUCAAUGGAUAGACAUUUGCGGGAUCAGAAUACAGAGCAGUCAGCAUCAGUUGAUCUAUCUCAAAGAAAAGUAGAGGCAGUGAGUUCAACUGCUAAAACUGGGAGCUUUCAGGCUGGCUUACCCGAAUCGUUUUCUGCACCAGGUGGUACUGAACACUUGAAUACCGAAUCAACUGAUGGUAACGUGGUGAAUUCUGUGGGAACAACAUUCCCUGCAAGGUCUAAAGCACAAAAGGGAAAUUCUGUUGAGGAGCUUGAGGAGAUGGAUAGUCAAGAUGCAGGAAUCACUAGUGCAACUGAGCCAAUGGAUCACUCUUGAUAGGUUAAAAUCUAAUAAGGAUAGAAGAAAUUACUGUUCAAAUGUAAUGUUUAUUGGCUGGGCCACACAAAGUGAUUAGUUAUUAAAUCUUGUAUGUAUGUCAAAGAUUAUAUCAUCUUAUUCAGUGCAUGAUAAGCGUGUGAUUGGCAAUAGCUUUCAAUAUUACCAUACUGCUGCCCAGGCUGGCUCUGUUACCUGUAAAUUAGUUGUUAGGAAAUGCACUGAGAUGAAUAUCUGCUGUAAAUGUGGGUUCUUGAAAGUUCUUUGUAAUUUUUAAUUCUUAAAAGUCUUAAAAUUUAAGCCCAUGCAAGGUUCUUACCAUGCUAGUUUAAGGUCACUGGAAAGGCUAGAACAGGCAAAACUAGAAACGUGACAAAGUUAAUCCUGUCCCAGGUACUUAAUUCCACUCAAAAAUACACUGUAAACAUGAAUUAUACAUAAAUUUCAAAAAGCAACUGAAACUAAACUUCUGCUAAAUUUGAUAAUGCAGCAUAUACAGUACUUUAAUUACAUUGUGCUGGCACUUCCUCCAAUUUAAAAACUUUUUCAUUCAUACAGCUGUAUACGCUUCUCAGAAACCUUAGAAUAAGUAUUACUUAGUAAACUCUAAUUUCUGCGUAUGUCAGUUUAAGCAAGUUAGAAAAAAGGCUACUUAGCGUAUGAUGAAGAUAAAGUGAGUGUGGUGUGGUUAUGCAUGGCUGUCUGAGCCAACACAACCGUUUUGGUGCUCUGUUAGUAAGGGAUAGCAUGUUUUUAUUUCCUCCCAAAUACCAAGCUGGUCAGAUGUUGUGCGACUUUUAAUACAACUACAGGAGAGAAGUUGGCGAUUGCAAGAAACAACAAAUGUUCAAUGGGAAAUCCAUUUCUUUUAAAAGGCUUUGAUUGCUAACAUUGGUUAGUAAUGGCAAAAAUUAAAUAACAGCUGUCCUAUUCAGAGCAAAUUAACAAUUUAUUGGAAGGAAAUGGUUCUCUUAACAUACAUUAUCCUAGAGUGUUCAGUGAUAAUUGAGCUUUUGGAAGCUCACUGUUUACUCCAUGGAAACAGGGAAUACAUGCUGUUUCAGUGUCUAUAAAGACUACCCACCUCUAUUAGCCGCACUUCAGUUUGUGAUGCAGGUUUCCCUGCAUCAGUGAUAAUAUAGCUGGUAUCCACUUAAGUAGCGUGUUCAUCAGACCUGCAGUGCUAGUUUUUAAGAAGCAGCUAUUGUGCUUCCUCCCUAAGAAUGGAAUGUGUAUCUGAUACUGCACUUUGCUUCCUGUCUUCAUAGUCAUAUUUAAAUGCACUAUUGUUGCUUCCUCUAAUGGUAAAAUAACAUUGAAUGGAUAAAAGAUGUUAAUACAGCUUCAAAGGAAUUAAGAGCAUUUAAAUAUUGAAGUCUGUGUUUGUGCAGAUGUGGGUUUUUACCAGUUCACAAAUGUUUGUAUUGUAUAUGUUUGUAUUCAGAAAAGUCUCCUCACUUUUUACAUUUCUAACCAGUUAAACAGUUCUAAGCAUUAGUAUGAUAGAAUGUCCCAUGAGGGAGGAUUUAUUUUUGUAUGUAAAAAUUAACUGAAGCAAGUCACUUAAAGAAGAGCCCCCAUUUUGUCAAAGUGAAUUAAAAUGCCUCUGUUGAUUAACUUUCUAUGUAGAGGGAAUAAAUAUUUUAUGAUUUAGUACACAACUUACAGGUUAAAAAUAAGAAUCACCUUCUCACAAAUAAAUGAAAAAUUUUAAGAUCUCAAAUUGCUAAUCUGUAAGUUAGCAAUUUGGAAGCUUGGAAUGUAUGAAGUAAUUUGGCUCACCAGAACUGACCUUGCUGAUGCACUGAUUAACUGGCAGGGCUUAUUCAGUGAGAAACAGGAUGCACAUGCAGCAGCUGGAAGCCUGCCAUGACUUCUGAAAACAUUUAGUCUCCCAUGAAUCAGUCUAGCUGUCUGAAGGCUACUUCUGUAUAGAAAAUGUUGAGUAGAGGCUUGUGCUUUGUCACAGUGUGAGGUUUAGAAAAGUAUAGCAGUGGCAAGUUCCUGGGAAGGAGUUUGAGUCAGGAGAGGCUGAGAGGGAGGAAUCUCCUGGAUCUCUUGCAUUUAGACAAGGUAACCAUCACUUAGACAUUUUUAACCUUUUCUUUAGAAAAAGAAGUCUUCCUCGGCUGAAAAAAUGUGGGCAGUGUAUAUGAGAGAAUUUUAAGUUUGAAAUAAAUUGAAAUAUUUAUUGCACAUCAUCCUUAUUUCAAGGGAGGAUGAUGCUUUCAUGCCUUUCUGGUAAGACUACAGAAGUUUGUGUGCCUUUUACUGAAAGAGGAAAGGCUUGGUUUAAUUUUGACACACUUCCCAUUUUAGCAGUAAUUUGACAUUUUCCUUCUUAUCUAAAGAGACACAGGUAAUAGCUCUGUUUGACUCACCCUUAGUGUCAUCUCGGGUCCACUCAAGUCAUGUAGACCAGAACCUUCCAGUUCCUAAAACAAAAUGGUCUCAAAAAGGAAUGGUAAAAUGGUUUCAAAAUCACAAGAUCCGCUGAUGUGAAUUCCUCUGGUGUAAAGCAGGAUUGUGCAUAUUUCUUUGCAGUGUUCUUAUUUCACAUAGCUUUCUCACGCAUUUAAAUACCAGUGUUUUUGAGAAAGAUGGCUUUUGAUACUCUCAAGUGAAGCUAAACUGCAUCUACGUGCUGGUGAGAUGUGUAACUGUACAGGAGAAGUGAAAUAAAGAACACUGAAGUGUAAGUUUGAAGAGAUGUUUCAUUUGAUUGCUAGCAGUGGGUGCAAAUGUAAGCUGAAGCAAAUCUGUGUGCCUGUCUUGGGAGCACCCGUGUGCUUAUUAGAUUUCCCUGUUAGAGUCAGGAAAAUGGUGGUGGGGUACAAGGGCAGGGAAGACAUUGACUCGUGGAUGUGAAGCUGUGUCAAUAGGACAUCUGAAAUGGUGUGAAGAGUGUCCCUUUUCUCACCCCACCCCCCCCAACUUCUUGCUACUGAAUUGCCUGUGGACAGAGGCUGUGGUUCUAAAUUAUUUUUGAGUACCUUCCUUGAUUACUUGCUUGUCUAGGGGCCAACCACCUUCUACACAGUGUCUCAUGGCAAAGAAGUCUUAAAUUAUUUGAAAAUCCUAAACUUUACUAUGGCUUAGUAUGUAUAACCUAAAUGAAAGAUGAUUACUGAAAAUAUAGGCCCAGUACAAAAAAAAAAGGGGGACAAUUAACUAGAUUGCUGAUGAGCAUAUGGGAAACCUCAGGAGAACAGAUCAGUUUUCCAGGCAAAUGCAAGAUUUUUACUACUUCAAAUGGCUUGCUGCUUAGUAAGGUUGACUUUUUGAUACUGCUGUUUCUCUGUGAAUUGCUUGCAUUUCAGUGAGGGAAAAUAAAUAGCAGCUUUUCAGAGAAAAUCAUAUAAAUAUAUUUGGGAUGCCUUCACUAUUAUAGUCACAGAACAGCAAUGUGUAUUGUUGGUUUUGUGAAUCCCAUAUAGUUUACUAAUCGUCUGAUAGAUAUAAAAUGUGAGCCAGGGGUUGCCUCUGACAGAAUGCUCUAGCAGCAUCACAGAAGCACAGUGCCACAAGGCUUUAUGCUAACAACCCAGUACAAUAGGCAUACUUUCAAGACCAAAAUGCUUAAUCUACAAUCUUUCGAAAAGUAGAAUCUAUUGUCACUGUCACAAGGUUAGCAGAGUCGCUUGCUACUUUUUCAAUGCGCUGAAAAUGCCAGGUAAUAAAAUUCAUAGUAUGCUUACAACUGGGAGAGUGAUGUUCAAUCUGAAAUGUAUGAAAAAUGAAUGAUUUAAGAAGAUGCCACUGUUAUCUCUACAUUUGUUUGGCUCCCAUUUUCAAAUAGCAGAAUCUACAUGCUUUUGUAAAAUAAUAAUAAUAUGAAGUUGAUCCUUCCGUUAAAAAAACCACAACAGUAAGUGGUUUCUUUGUUUUGCUUGUGGAUAUCAGAUUAGCUUCUUAAAAUUGAAGAAGUUGCUUAAGAUCUUUAGAAUGCAGGAUUCCCUCUGAGCCCUUAUGCCUGCGGUUGAGCAAUAAGAGGUUGAAACAUGAGUGGUAUUUUCAGAAUUAUUUUACGUUUAAUGAGGAUUAUUGCCAAGAAAUGAAAGAGUGCACUUUUAGGAGGGAAUGCUAUUUAAAAUGUAUAAAUAAGAAUUAAAAUAGUGUAUAUAUUUAGAAAACAAAUCUUUUUAAACAGUAAGUGCUUUACAUGUUGAAUUAAAAAUAAAUUAGCAUAGAAACUAUAUCAUCUUCACAGUACUGGCUGUUAUCCAGCACAGUUUGGUUUGUUUUAUUUGUGAUUGCUGUACUAAUUAUAUUUGAUUUUUUUUAUCUGUAAUGUAACAAUAGUGUAUUAUAACAGUAUAUAGUGUACUAUACUACACUUCACUGUACAGUAUUUGGAAUUUUCUUUGAUUGCUAUAUUAAAACUGUAAGUUAAAACA